AUGGCUGAAUCACCAACGUGUGAGACCUUCGUCUUCCUAGACCUUGAGGCCACCGGCCUGCCCAAUGCUUAUCCCGAAAUUGCAGAGAUCUCUCUGUUUGCGAUCCAUCGUUUUUCUCUGGAGCACCCAGAGAGGGAUGAGUCGGGCACUCUCCAGCUGCCUCGGGUUCUAGAUAAGUUGACCCUGUGCAUGUGCCCCGAGCGGAACUUCACCCCAAAGGCUUCGGAGAUCACAGGCUUGAGUAAUCAGAACCUGACUGACAACCACAAACCGGGCUUCGAUGGCACCGUGAUCAGAGCCCUUCAGGAGUUCCUGAAGCGGCAGAAAUCUCCAGUCUGCCUAGUUGCCCACAAUGGUUUUGACUAUGACUUUCCCCUCCUUCGCACUGAGCUGCAGCGUCUGGGCGCGGACAUGCCCGAAGGCACCGUCUGCCUUGACACACUCCCUGCACUGAGGGGCCUGGAUAAAGCCCACCACCAUAGCACCAGGGCGAGCCAUGGCAGAAAGAGCUACAGCCUUGGCAACCUGUACCGCCAGUAUUUCAACGAUGAGCCCAAAGCCGCCCACUCGGCCGAGGGAGAUGUUUACACGCUGGUCAUGGUCUUUCUUCAUAGGGCCCAGGAGCUCCUUCAGUGUUUGCAGACUGAAGCCCAGAGCUGGGAUGAGAUCCAACCCAUGUAUACGCCUAGAAGAAGGAGGCUCAGUGGUCGAGGCCACGAUGCCUGA